GGGAACAAUCUCCAAUCUGGGUGGCGCCAUGCGGGGUCAGCGCCCCGGCCUCCUCUUCCCCCUGGCUCUGCUGGCACUCCUGGCGGGGCUGGCCGACCUCAGCGCGGGCUCAGCCGGCGAUGACGGCGACGACCACUACAUGCGGGAGCUGCUGACGAGGGAGCGGUACGCCCGGGCACGGAUGCCGCAGGGGCCCGACCGGCCGCCCGGACAAUACGGCAAGAAAGCGGCCAAAGGCGAGGGAGAGGCCGGCAGGCGGGCGGACAAAUCGUCCAAGAAAAAAGCGGAGAGCAACAAGAAGGCGAACCCAAAAAGCCCAAACGGAAGCUCGCAAGGGGGCGGACAGCCGACGGCGUUUAAAGGCGAGUGCCCCCCCAUGGGACUGGAGACGUUGAAGAUCGACGACUUCCAGCUCCACGCCUCCACCACCAAACGCUACGGCCUGGGAGCGCACAGAGGCCGUCUCAACAUUCAGGCCGGCCUCUACGAGGACGACCUCUACGACGGGGCCUGGUGCGCCGGCAGGGACGACCCGCUGCAGUGGCUGGAGGUGGACGCCAGGAGGCUGACCAAGUUCACGGGGGUCAUCACGCAAGGCCGCAGCUCCCACUGGUCGAGCGACUGGGUGACGUCCUACAAAGUCAUGGUGAGCAACGACAGUCACACGUGGGUGACGGUGAAGAACGGCACCGAGGACAUGAUCUUCAGAGGAAACCGAGAAAAGGAGAUCCCGGUGCGCAACAUUUUGCCCACCCCGCUGGUGGCUCGCUACAUCCGCGUCAACCCUCAGUCCUGGUUCAGCAAAGGCAGCAUCUGCAUGAGGGCCGAGAUACUCGGAUGCCCCUUGCCAGACCCAAAUAAUUAUUACCGCCGGCGCAACGAGGUGAUAACCACCGACGAGUUGGACUUCACGCUUCACAGUUACAAGGAGAUGAGGCAGCUGAUGAAGGUGGUGAACGAAAUGUGCCCCAACAUCACUCGCAUCUACAACAUCGGCAAAAGCCACGGCGGCCUCAAGCUGUACGCCAUCGAGAUUUCCGACAAGCCGGGGGAGCACGAAGCGGGUGAGCCCGAGUUCCGCUACACGGCCGGUUCCCACGGCAACGAGGUGCUGGGCCGCGAGCUGCUCCUCCUGCUGAUGCAGUUCAUGUGUCUGGAGUACCUGUCGGGCAACCGGCGGGUGCGACACCUGGUGGACGAGACCCGCAUCCACCUGCUGCCGUCCGUCAACCCCGAUGGCUACGAGAAAGCCUUUGAAGCGGGUUCCGAGCUGAGCGGCUGGUCCCUGGGCCGGUGGAGCAACGAUGGCAUCGACAUCCACCACAACUUCCCCGACCUCAACUCCAUCUUGUGGGAGGCCGAGGCCAAAAAGCGGGUCCCUCGCCGGAUGGCCAACCACCACGUGCCCGUUCCCGAUUGGUACCGAUCCCAAAACGCCUCGGUCGCCGUGGAGACGCGUGCUUUGAUCGGCUGGAUGGAGAAGGUCCCCUUCGUGCUGGGCGGCAACCUCCAGGGGGGCGAGCUGGUGGUGACCUUCCCUUACGACAAGACCCGCUCGCAGGGCGCCACCCGGGAGCAGACGCCCACGCCGGACGACCACGUCUUCCGCUGGCUGUCCUUCGCCUACGCCUCCACCCACCGCCUCAUGACGGCCGCCAAUCGGCGGGUGUGUCACAGGGAGGACUUUGCCAAGGAGGACGGGACCAUCAACGGCGCGUCCUGGCAUACGGCGGCGGGAAGCAUGAACGACUUCAGCUAUUUACACACCAACUGCUUUGAGCUGUCCAUGUACGUGGGCUGUGACAAAUUCCCUCACGAGAGCGAGCUGCCGGAGGAGUGGGAGAACAAUCGCGAGUCUCUUCUCGUCUUCAUGGAACAGGUGCAUCGUGGGAUCAAAGGCAUGGUGAGGGACCUGCAAGGCAACGGAAUAGCCAACGCCACCAUCGCCGUGGAAGGCAUCGGCCACGACGUUCGCACGGCCGCAGACGGCGACUACUGGCGCCUGCUGAACCCGGGCGAGUACCGCGUGACGGCGCGGGCCGAGGGCUACGGCAUGGUGAGCAAGAAGUGCGAAGUGGGCUACGAGAUGGGGGCCACCCGCUGCGACUUCACGCUGGGCCGCACCAACCUGUCUCGCAUCCGGGAGAUCAUGGAGAGAUUCAACAAGCGAGGCGGCGGCAAAGCGCCCGUCGGGCCGCCGCACGCCCGGCGCUCCCGUGACAGACCAUCGGGGACUUAAUGGCGGCCGGAAAAGUGGGCGACGUUCGUCGGUCCCGGGCGACUUUUACUGCCAAACGGACACAUCGGACAAAAGAGAAUUCAACAUCCUGGAGAGCAAAAUCAUUUCAUUGACCAAAAAUCUGCUCAGUUACGCUAAGAAGAGCAAACGCCAUAGACGGGCUAACGAAUAUGAGCACGGACGUUGUGUAUAGCGAGAAGCUAAUGUUAAUGAUGCGUGAUGUAGCGGGGGAACGACGCAUGGGACGUACUCGUCACGUUUCCGAAAGCUUUGCUCUUUUCCGUAAAUAAUAAAAGAGCCAACGGAUCGCCUGCCUGAUCUCGCCUCAUGUAUGUACAUAGAGGGCCCGUUAAGUUAUGUAAACCGCGACAGGGGCAAUGCAAGCGAUAGGUGCGUUGCUUUGCAUGAAAUAAAGUCCCGAAACUCCA